GCGACACGUUAUUACCACGCCUAAGGAACCGGAGAAAAGGAUUUUUUAAAAAAAGAAAGAAGAAAAAGAAAGAAUCUAACGCGCUGAAGAGUUGCUUAAGUUUUACGCGGCAGAUUUAACAAACUAUUGAAUUCUGCAAAUCAUCUUCUCAAUUCAAACAUUAGAAAAACGAAAAAUGGAGGUAGAAGAAAAUCCUCAAUUGCAAACGCAACCUGAGUCAUCGCCAAUGGAAGUUGAACAAAUAGAUCGGAGGCCGGCGGCUCUCGGAGACCUUCGACUUCUUCCCGACGAAGUUUUGUGCGCUAUACUGACUUUUCUCACUCCUCGCGAUGUCGCUCGCCUUUCCUGUGUUAGCAGUGUGAUGUAUAUUCUAUGCAAUGAGGAGCCCCUAUGGAUGAGCAUAUGCCUUGAUAUUGCUAAUCGCCAGCUUCAGUAUAAAGGCUCCUGGAAAAGAACAGCCCUGGACCAAUUGAAUGUGACUUUUGAAAACAAUGAAUCCUGCCGGAAGCCGCUACACUUUGAUGGAUUCAAUUCUUUGUUCCUGUAUCGUAGAUUAUACCGGUGCUAUACAUCAUUGAAUGGAUUUUAUUAUGAUACCGGAAACGUGGAAAGAGCGAAGAACCUUUCUAUAGAAGAGUUUCAUGACAAGUAUGAUGGACAGAAACCGGUACUAAUUGCUGGAUUGGCUGACACUUGGCCUGCAAGCACUACAUGGACUACGGAGGAGCUUUUGAAGAAAUAUGAAGAUACAGCAUUUAAAUUAUCUCAAAGAAGUCGUCACAAGAUUAAGAUGAAACUUAAGGACUAUGUGUCAUACAUCAAACUUCAGCAUGACGAGGAUCCUCUUUACAUUUUUGAUGAGAAGUUCGGGGAAACUGCACCAGAAUUGUUGAAGGAUUACAGUGUUCCAAAUAUAUUCAAAGAAGACUUCUUUGAUGUGCUGGACAGGGAUCAACGACCUCCUUUCAGAUGGCUCAUUAUGGGACCGGAGAGGUCUGGUGCCUCUUGGCAUGUUGAUCCUGCCCUAACUAGUGCGUGGAAUACACUUUUAUGUGGUCGUAAAAGGUGGGCACUUUAUCCUCCUGGGAGAGUACCUUUAGGAGUGACAGUUCAUGUAAAUGAAGAAGAUGGUGAUGUCAGUAUUGACACUCCAUCAUCUUUGCAGUGGUGGCUGGACUUUUACCCUCUUCUCGCUGAGGAGGACAAGCCGAUAGAAUGUACUCAACUGCCUGGGGAAACAAUAUUUGUCCCUAGUGGAUGGUGGCAUUGCGUGCUAAAUUUGGAGACUACUGUUGCUGUGACACAGAAUUUUGUGAACACCAAGAACUUUGAAUUUGUGUGUCUGGAUAUGGCUCCUGGUUAUAGGCAUAAAGGAGUUUGCCGUGCUGGGCUUCUUGCUUUGGAUGAUAUCAGUAUUGAGGAUGUCAGGAAAAAUGUGUUGUCCUUGGAUAACAGUUUGAGCUGCUCUGACCUGUCAAGGAAAGAGAAGAGGAUUAGAGUUGACCAACCUGCUAAAGGUUCAGAAAAUGGAAGUACUAUAGAUGGUGAUUUGGGAGAGGUGGAAUUUUCUUAUGACAUAAAUUUCUUAGCUAUGUUUCUGGAUAAAGAGCGGGAUCACUACACUUCGUUAUGGAGCUCGAGCAACUCUAUUGGGCAGCGAGAAAUGAGAGAGUGGUUAUCGAAGCUUUGGGUUGGAAAACCAGGGAUUAGAGACCUUAUAUGGAAGGGAGCCUGUCUGGCGCUGAAUGCUGAUAGAUGGUACACAUAUGUGGCGGAAAUUUGUACCUCCCAUGGGUUGCCGUUGCCAACUGAUGAUGAGAGGCUUCCUGUUGGAACAGGCAGCAAUCCAGUUUAUCUAGCUGGGGACAAUGUUAUAAAAAUAUUUGUUGAAGAGGGAUUAGAAGCUUGUCUUCAUUCUUUGGGCACUGAGCUUGAGUUUUACAGUCUACUCCAGAAAAUAAACUCCCCUCUGAAGAAUCACAGUCCUAAUGUUUUGGCCAGUGGGAUUCUUUAUAUUGAAAAUGGAUUGUAUAAAGUUCAACAUUGGGAUGGCAAAGGAGUUCCGGAGGUGGUUGCUAACAUUACUCCCCUUGUGGAACUUGAGCAAGUUGAUUAUCCAUUUGGUCUGUGGAGUAAAAGGCAGUUUGAUUUCAAAAAAGCUGGGAUGUCAUUACCCGAACUAGUAAGCGCUGGCAGCGGCUCAACAAUAUGGCCAUAUGUCAUAACACAGAGAUGCAAAGGAAAAAUAUAUGCUCAAAUAAGAGAUUCCAUCUCAUGGGAAGAUACUGUAAAUUUGGCCUCCUUCCUGGGAGAACAAAUGCGCAACCUUCAUCUUGUGCCAUGCCCAGCUUUGAAUGAUUCGAUAUAUUCGGAAGCCCAGCAGAAAGUACUCCUCAAUGCUAAUGGGUAUCUGGAGGAUGAUGAGGACAAGAUUUGUGCUCCUGGAGAGUGGAAUUUGUUUCUGAGAACUCUGAACAGGAGAAAGAAGGAUGUUUGUAACCGCUUGACCAAAUGGGGUGAUCCGAUUCCCGGAGAACUGAUUGAGAAAGUUGAGGAAUACAUCCCUGAUGACCUUGGAAAGGUUGACAUGGGAUCCAGAUCUUGUACCUGGAUACACUCCGAUGUAAUGGAUGACAAUAUCCACAUGGAACCAUGUUCUGUUGCUUCUCGCUUUGCAGGGACUAUUGAUGAUCCUGAGUUGAUGGACAAUGUUUAUGCUAAUGGAUCUGAUUUGGGUGAGCCUGGACAUGCAUGGCGUCCUACUCAUAUACUUGAUUUCAGUGAUCUUUCAGUUGGGGACCCGAUUUCUGACUUAAUCCCGAUAUACCUGGAUGUCUUUAGAGGAGAUCCACGUUUACUGAAGCAGUUUUUGGAUAGCUAUAAACUUCCAUUUGUUAAAAGAGGACUUAAUGCAUCAGCUGAAAGCAACAGAUUUCAGAGACUUUCUUACCGAGCCAUGUGCUACUGUAUUUUGCAUGAUGAAAAUGUUCUCGGAGCUAUUUUCGGUACUUGGAAGGAACUAAGGAAGGCAAAAUCAUGGGAAGAAGUCGAGGAAGCUGUAUGGGGAGAUCUUAACGGUUAUACGGGCUCCUGUUAAACUUCCUUUUUGUUCUUUUUAAUUUAGUCUGUCACGCCCCUGGUAAAAGUUCUAUUGCUGUAUGUUGAAUAAGUCCAGUCGCUUGUACACUCACCAACAUUUGUUUGAGUUUAUUUGUUGAUUUUUUUCAUCUUAACUUCUGAUCAUAUCGUUAACAUUUUAAUAAAAUUUAUCAUGUACGAUAAAACCUAAAAACAAUGAUUGUGGAAUUACUCCGGUGGAUAGCAACGUUUCCUGAUUUUAGUAA